AUGCCCGAAGCACUAGACCCCAAAGAAGUCCAAUCUGGGAUCGAUCCCUCGGUUGCAAAACAAUAUGACGAUCAGACUCCUAAAGCCGACCAGUGGAAAGAACUCUACGAGCUCAUCGACGGCAAACAGACGAGCAUGUUAAACACAUACCGCGAGGGAGUUGGGCCCGUUGGCCGGUCGAUGGCUGUGGCCAAACGCUCCGGGCCGGAUAUCCUGUACCUCGCAAACAAAAACUCGCAGAAAUUCCAAGACCUGGACAAGAACAAGGAGGUGCAGAUCACUAUCCAAGACAGCAAGACCCAGGACUGGAUCUCCAUCAGUGGCACCGCGACAACAGCCAGCAACGACGAUCCGAGGAUCAAGGAGCUCUACAGCUCAACAGUCAGCGCUUGGUUCGGAGACUUGAAGGACGGUGUCCACGACGGGACAUGGAAAGAUCCGCGCAUGAGUCUGAUCGAGAUCAAGAGCAAGUACAUUGUGUAUUGGAAGAAGGAAACCUCGAGCCUCGGGUUUUUGAAGGAGGUUGGAACAGCAGCCUUGACUGGGAGUGUGGCUCAAACUGGUGUCCAUCGAGAGUUGACAGAGGAAGACAUUAAGAAAGAGCGUGUGUGA